GUCAACACUGGGUUCAUUAUUUUGUUUCCGAUUUCCCGCUCUGUUCUGCUCCGUCGAAACUUCGAACUGAUCAAACCGGGCAUGACUUUUCACCGGCACUUUGUGCUCAAUCUCCAGCGAAGCAUCAAAGCGUUCGUAGCUCAAGAUCCGAGUUCAAGUGAUCGCGUUCAAACGAUCUUACUGAAACCCGUGCGCGCUUCAUGACAUCAACCGCAACGCUGCGACGUCUGCAAUCCUCUCUGAGGCGAUGUCUGCUGCUGGGGAAGCGCGCCUCUUCGAAAAUUUUGUCGUCACGUCAAGCCAGUCAAAACAGUAAAGACCAAGAGUUCAAACCCGGCAUGAGGGUUCUCAAUGUGGCCGAGAAAAACGACGCCGCCAAGAACUUGUCCGAAAUUAUGUCGCGCGGAUCGUACCGUCGCCGUGACGGCUUGUCUGUCUACAACAAAAUCUACGAAUUCGACUACAAUUUGUUUAACACCAACUGCAAGAUGAUAAUGACGUCUGUGUCUGGUCAUCUGCUCACCCUGGAAUUUGUGAGCGAUUACAGAAAGUGGCAUUCAUGCUCUCCAGUGGAACUCUUCCACGCUCCAGUGAUCAUGUCCUGCGGGGAUAAGAACUACGAGAAGAUCAAGGAAACGUUAGAGAAGGAGAUUCGCUACUGCGAUGCCCUCGUCAUCUGGACUGAUUGCGAUCGCGAGGGGGAAAACAUCGGCUUCCAGAUCAUCAGCGUCUGUCGCAAAGUGAAACCGGGAGUUCGGGUAUACCGGGCCCGGUUUUCGGAGAUCACGCCCCAGGCCGUGGCUCGUGCGUGCCAGAACUUGGCCGACCCCGACCCCAAGCUCAAUGCAGCCGUUGAAGUCCGCAGGGAACUCGAUCUCAGGAUAGGGGCAGCAUUCACGCGGCUACAGACGCUGCGCCUCAAGCGGGAGUUCCCCCAGCAGCUGCACGACCGCCUGGUGAGCUAUGGCAGCUGCCAGUUCCCCACCCUGGGCUUCGUGGUGGAGCGCUACCGCCAAAUCCUCAACUUCGUGCCCGAGCCAUUCUGGAAGAUCCAUCUGACGCACAAGAAGGACGACAUCUUGGCUGACUUCUCCUGGAAACGGCACCGGCUGUUUGACUACCAGCUCUGCUUCCUUCUUUACCAGCGCUGUCUCCAGGGAGAACCCCCUCGUGCAAAGGUGGUGGAAAUGAAGUGUAAGCCCAAGUCCAAGUGGAGGCCGCAGCCCAUGGACACAGUGGAGCUUGAGAAGCUGUCAUCCCGCAAGCUGCGCCUGUCGGCGAAAGAGACCAUGCAAAUAGCGGAGAAGCUGUACACGGAUGGACUCAUCAGCUACCCCCGCACCGAGACCACCAAAUUUCCCCCGGACAUGGACCUCAGGCCCCUGGUCGAGGCACAGACGCAGGACCCACGCUGGGGAGACUUUGCGAGGCGUCUCCUGGCAGACGGCUUGACGCCCCGGCAAGGCACAAAGUCCGAUCAGGCCCACCCACCGAUACACCCCAUCAAGCACGCCGCCGGCCUCGAGGGGAACGCCAAGCGUGUCUACGAACUGGUGGUGCGCCACUUCCUGGCGUGCCUCUCCAAGGACGCCGAGGGAAAAGAGACGACCGUCGAGGUCGACCUCAACGACGAGCGCUUUGUGGCCACCGGUUUGAUCAUCUUUGCGCGCAACUACCUGGACGUCUAUCCCUACGACAAGUGGAGCGCAAAGGAAAUUCCCAACUACGAGAUGAACGAGACCUUCGUGCCCGACCAAGUCAAGCUCGUCGACGGCGAAACGUCUCCUCCGCCGUUGCUCAAGGAGGCGGACCUCAUUGCCCUCAUGGAGAAGCACGGCAUUGGCACGGAUGCCACGCACGCGGACCACAUCGAGACGGUGAAGAACCGACUGUACGUGGCGCUCACUGGCGACGGAUAUCUCGUGCCGGGAGAACUGGGGAUGGGAUUGGUCGAAGGUUACGACUCGAUGGGCCUAGAGAUGUCGAAGCCCCGACUGAGGGCAGAGCUGGAGGCAGACCUAAAGAAGAUAUGCGAAGGCACGAAGAACCCCAAAGACGUACUGAGGCGUCAGAUCGAGCUCUACGAGGACGUCUUCUCAAACUCUGAACGACAGAUCAAGAAGUUGGGCGAGUCGCUCAAGAAGUACCUGGGGACGGGACAGCGUCUCGCCCCACCCGCAAACGGCCCAAGGAGCAACAGAACGGACCAGUCACGGCCGGGUGGUGGCGGGGACUCCACCAAUGCCGGCGCAAACAACCGAAGAGGCGGUAGGAGGUGCGGGCUGUGUAACCAGGAAGGUCACAACAGAAGAAACUGUCCCAACCGCUGAAUGUCCCCCUGACUUCUGCGUGGAGAGCACACGUCAAGAGUUUCAGGACACUUAUCACUUGCAAGGGAAAACCAAUAUGAGAGACAUGCUCAAUAGUGUUUCCAAGUGUAUAUUUAUUCUGGUUUCUCUUAUAAUUAAAAAUAUAAAGGUUGUUUUUACAAAUAACUCGCUUUUGCUUGCUCACGAGAAAUAUAGCUAUAAGAUUCUUGAAUAA